AUAUGCAAAAUACACUGCGUCGGGUGGUGUUUUUAGCCAUCAUCAGCCUCUGUAGUGCUGUGGAAACGUACACCAAUUCGUGGGCGGUGGAGGUAGACGGGGCUACAGAGGAGGUCCUGCACGCUCUCGCACAGCGUUAUGAAUUCACGAACAAAGGAAAAGUUGGAAUCUUGGAUCACACCUAUGAGUUUGUAUUACCUAAAGGUGUGUACCAACGAGAAGGUCUAAGUAUGGACGAGCCCUAUGAUCGCCUGACUCAGAAACUCAUGAAAGAAGACAUUGUGAUUACUGUCGAGCAACAGAAGUUGCACAGGAUUGUAGAGAAGAGUUACACUGAUCCAACUGAUCCUGACUGGUUUAAACAGUGGUACUUGCUUAAUACAGAGUCUCGCAUUCUCGAGAGUUCGGGCAAACUCUUCUCGGGAUCUCAAUGUUGUGCCUGCCUGGAUCCAGGGCUACACUGGAGCGGGCGUGACGGUGGCAGUGGUUGAUACUGGUGGGUGACUCCGCCCAAAAAUAACCUAACUUUUGUUCCUCUGCUUAAUUUUAGGCGUGUACCACAACCAUACGGACUUAGCAGCAAACUACGAUGAGUCAUUGGACAUCAAUAUCAUGACCGGGGAAGAAGAUGCAUUUGCUCUGUCGCAGCAUGGGACCAGCGUUGCUGGUGUCAUAGCCAUGGUCAAAGAUAACAACAAAUGUGGAGUGGGCAUUGCCUACAAUUCCACAAUAACUGGGAUUAACCUAGGAGACAGUCUAACUGAUAUACAAGAGGCCCGAGCAUUGGGCCAUAAGCACAAAGUGAUUGAUAUCUACAGCAAUAGUUGGGGACAACCAGAUCUAGGAAACAACACACAGAUGUUAGGGAACUGUACUACCAAAACCUUAGAGAAAGCAACUACAGAGGGAAGAGAUGGAAAGGGAGCAAUAUAUGUCUUUGCUGCUGGAAAUGGAGGCCGUUUAUGACGAUUCCUGUGCUGCCAAUGGCUACGUGAACAGUAUCUACACCAUUGGUAUAGGGUCUGCCACCAGCAAAGGUAUAGUACCAGAAUACGAAGAGCCUUGCUCUGGGAAGAUGGCCGUCUCUUUCAUCCAUCACAGAGGAGACAAACUCAAUGUGGCCACUACUGAUAUCGAUAAUCAAUGUAGGCAAAAUUUCGACAAGACCAGUGCCGCCACUCCAACUGUCUCAGCAACUAUUGCAUUAGCCCUGGAAGCAAAUGAAAACCUCACCUGGAGAGAUGUGCAGUAUUUGAUAGUGUAUACAUCUGACCAUGGCAAGCUGAAUCACCCAGGGACAAAGAAUGGAGCGGGCCUCACUUUUAGCCACUACUUUGGGUUUGGUGCAGUUGAUGCUGAGGCUGUGGUAACUAGAGCUAGGCACUGGACCACUGUUCCUCCCCAGACAUCAUUCUCGCUAAGACCUAUAAAUUCCACAUACCUUGUUUCAAACGGUUCCACUGAAAGAAUAGAUAUGUUUUGUCCUAAUGAGAUAGAUGGAUGUUACGAUAAUGUCGGCCUAUUGGAACAUGUUGUGGUUCGAGUUUCACUGUGGUUCGAGGGAGACAAUGCAGCCGAUGCCCAAAGAGGACAAAUCAUGAUGAACCUGACUUCCCCCCGA